AUGAGUUUAAGUUACUUAAACGGUCUCAUGCUUCGUGUCUUACAAUUUUGUAUUGGAAUGACAAUGGCAGUGGCGGAUUUGUCAAUUGACAGGGUUUGGACGUAUUGGGUCCCACUGAAUAAACAGUCAAUACGCCACGUUCCAAUGGUAUUGUACUUGGUGAUAAUUGAAGAAGGAUAUCUCCGUGAUACUAUGGAUAAGCUCCACAAUGAACAUUCGUCUUAUACUUUAACUCUAUUUAUUGGUGUGAUCGGAUUGGCCUGGUACGUUUUGUGGUUGUACGUGAUCAACGGAAAUUAUUCAUUUUGGAGCCUGAGCCUCGAUUUUAUAUUGUUUGGAGGUUUAAACAACUCGCGAUAUUCUUUUGGGACAAAUGGCGAAUCAUUAAAACGAUCAAUCGUAUCGGACAUUCCGUAG